AUGGCCAAAUCACAAAACAGACCGCCCUCAAAACGCUCCCGCGCCGCCCGCCGCGCAACAUCCCCCUCCAUCAACACCGACAAGUCCCUCAAAGAAGUCUCCCUCCCCGGCUCGACCUCCAAAUCAUCCACAUCCGCCGUCCUCCCCUCCGUCCUCGCCGCACGACACUCCGCAGGCGUCACAAAAAAGUCCAAGCGCGGCCGCCAGCUCUCCGCGCGGGGCCGCCGGCGCCAGGAAAAGGGCCUCGAGAUGGCCGAGGCCUUUGUCGAGCGCACGAGCAAGAAGCUCGAGAAGAGCAUCGGCAAGGCCAAGGUCGUGCAGGCGCGGGCCAAGAAGUGGGACGACAUCAACAAGGCUGCGGAGGAGAGCAGGAGUAAUGCGUUUGAGGUGCUGAGAAUGGCCACUGGGGAGGACGAUGACGAUAAGGAGGGAGAGACGAAGAUGGAGGAGUGGGAGACGGAGGACGAGAUGGAUGGGGAGACUGUCGGUGCUGCAGCUACAGAGGUUGCUGCACCCGCUGCGCCGGUGCUGGAUGAAGAUGAUGAUGUGAUUUUGUAA